AUGGGCUGCUUCGUCAGUAAAGACAAACUCACGAAAGAGGAUAUGGAUUUCCUCAAAACGCACACAUCCUAUGAUGAGACGACCAUCAAGGAGUGGUACAAGGGUUUCAAGCAAGACUGUCCCAACGGGCGGUUGACGCCAGCGAAAUUCGUAGAUAUGUACAAGAUGUUCUUCCCUUCUGGGAACGCUGUCGAAUUCUGCGAUCACGUCUUCCGCACAUUCGAUAUGGACAAAAACGGAUACAUUGAUUUCAAGGAAUUCCUGCAGGCGAUUCACGUUACGUCCAGCGGGACCCCGGAAGAAAAGCUCAAAUGGGCUUUUCGUAUGUACGACGUUGAUGGAAACGGGGUGAUCGAUAUUCAGGAGAUGACUAAAAUAGUACAGGCGAUAUACGAUAUGCUGGGCGCCUGUUCAAGUAACAGGCCGGCGGACUCCGCCGAAGAGCGUGCCAAGAACAUCUUCGCGAAGAUGGACGAAAACAAUGACGGCCAGCUGACACAAGACGAAUUCCUCAAGGGUUGCCUCCAGGAUGAGGAGCUCUCUAAAAUGCUAGCGCCUUAA